AUGUCCCAACAAACAACACCCCCAAGCGAGCUCGAGCGACCACCCUCCUCCCUCAGCAGCACCAGCACCGACCUCGAUUCGCUCACAGCAGCCCACUCUGAGCACAGCACCUUUUCAGUUUCAGCCGAGACCGACGACGACGCACGCUCCACCACCUCCUCAGCCCCAACCCUCACGUCCGAAGACCUCGACAGCGCCGCCCUGACAGACGCAUCCUCCUUCCCCGAAACAUCCAGAGCGCCAUCUCCAGGUCCCCGACUACUACAACAACAACAAGACCCAGACACGGACGGCCACUUCCAGCCCUCCCCCUCGCCACCAUCCCCUCCCCCCCCACCAACCGCCGUCGAGGUGACCUCAUUCUCGCACCUCGCCUCUGAGCUCUCGCUCUUCGCCUCCUGCCUCUCCGCAACCCCCGAGAAGCCGUGCGACGAGGAGGACGUGCUGGCGCAGGCGAGGCGGAAGGAGAUGCUCAAGCGGGACUUGCUGGAGCUGGCGGGGAAAGGGGCCGACGGAUCUGAGGUCGGUCGCGAGAGGGAGGCUGAGUUGUUGGGGAAGAUUGAGAGCUUGCUUGUGGGUUGGAGGGAGGUGUAUGAGGGGGUUGAGGGCUGGCGGCAUGAGAGGAAGGGCGAGAGGGCGAGGCGGGAGUUGAGGAGGGCGGCGUGA